CCAACAGUGAUUAAGUCAGGUACUCGGAUCAGUAUGGCAGCCACAAGAAAUGUGAUGAGAGCUGUCAGAGUUCUUGAGUUUGGUGGCCCUGAGGUGCUUAAGCUCCAGUCAGAUGUUCUAAUUCCUGAUCCAAAAGAAAAUCAGGUGUUAAUUAAAGUCCAUGCCUGUGGGGUAAAUCCUGUUGAGACUUAUAUUCGUUCUGGAAAUUAUGCCAGAAAGCCAGCUCUGCCCUACACUCCUGGCUCAGAUGUGGCUGGGGUGGUGGAAGGUGUUGGGGAGCAUGUGACUGCGUUCAAGAAAGGUGACAGGGUUUUUACCAUUGCUACGAUCUCAGGAGGAUACGCAGACUAUGCAGUUGCUGCAGCUAAUAAAGUCUUUCCUUUGUCCGAUAAACUGGACUUCAGGCAAGGGGCAGCGAUUGGAAUACCCUACUUCACUGCUUACCGUGCUCUUUUCCAAAAAGGCUGUGCCAAAGCAGGGGAAAGUGUGCUCGUGCAUGGUGCAAGUGGGGGAGUGGGAAUAGCAGCAUGUCAGAUUGCCAGAGCUUGCGGUUUAAAGGUUUUGGGGACAGCAGGAACCGAGGAAGGCAUGAGCAUGGUCCUGCGGAAUGGUGCUCACCAGGUGUUUAAUCACAGAGAAGCCAACUACAUCGAUAAAAUUAAGGAGUACACAGGGAUGGGAGGAGUUGAUAUAAUAAUAGAAAUGCUCUCCAACAUCAAUCUUGCCACUGACCUGCAACUGCUGAACUACGGAGGAAGAGUGAUGGUUGUGGGCUGUAGAGGUCCCAUUGAGAUAAAUCCAAGAGACACUAUGAGUAAGGAAUCCAGCAUAACUGGAGUUAGUCUUUUCCUUGCAACAGAGGAGGAGAAGCAUGAGUGUGCAACAGCACUCCUUGAUGGCAUAGAAGCUGGCUGGUUGAAGCCUGUUGUAGGCUCUGAAUAUCCACUGGAGAAAGUGGUGAAGGCACAUGAAGACAUUAUUCAUGGUAGUGGUGCUCGGGGGAAGAUGGUGCUCCUUCCAUAGAGUCUUUUUCCAGUUACGCUGUAGCUGUUCCAGCAGCACCUUUGGUUACCUGAUUCUCUCAUGGUAUAUUACAAAGCAUACUUUUGAUGAGGUUUGCCAGUAACAGCAAAUGCUACCUUCCAUUAAUGACAUUAAUGAUCAGUCUAUUUUCUUAUUGUAAUAAGCAGAGUUUCCCAUACUUUAAAGUAAUUUUUGUAGAUUUUUUUUUUUUUUUGGCUGAUGUGGAAAUAAUGGACCUCCUCCACUGGUGUGGCCUUGUGGGGCAGGAGAGCCUCACAUCUAAGGCAGGAUUUGAUAUCCUGCUCUCUGUGGGUCAAGCAGAUAAAAGAAUGUCCAUAAUUAACUCUAUGUAUAUAGCUGUGACUCUGGAAAUUCCUUAGCCACAAAAUUUGCUCAUCUUACUCAUUUUUUUGUCACAUAAUUUACAUGGAAUAAAAGCUUUUACUGCCAAAA